GAGACAGAAUUUUUAAUCUGUCGGAAGCAUUGAUGGGCAUUCACAGUGGAAUUCCUGACUUAAACUUGUUAAGUAUUCUUUAAAAUUACCCAACAUUUGUCCAUUUAUCGAUAUUUUUAAGAAUGAAGAGACACUCGACAAAAUCACAAGCUUAUGCUUCGAGUCAAGAAGACAGUGAAAAUGAUAGUGACGAAACGGAGUGCAGCAUCGGUAGCAAUUCUACAGCAGGGACUCAUCGCAGCGAUACACCAACUAGAACAGCUCGCUUCAAAAGAAAAGGACGCCGUAGGAGCAAGACAGCCAAAGCUAAACAGAAUACCGACAAAUCUCUUUACAAAUAUUGCUGUAGCGUCAAGGAAGAUCACGGACAGCCUCUCUUUGGUGUACAGUUCAAUCAUUAUCUUAAGGAAGAGGAACCCAUGGUAUUCGCUUCAGUAGGUAGUAAUCGAGUUAGUAUUUAUGAAUGUCCAGAGGAGGGUAAUAUAAGACUGAGGCAGUGCUAUGCUGAUCCAGAUACAGAGGAGAAUUUCUACACGUGUGCUUGGACGUACGACGAGUCGGGUAAACCUCUAUUGGCUGUGGCCGGCUCCAGGGGUGUUAUUCGUGUCAUCAGCCCAGUAACGAUGACCUGCAUCAAACAUUAUAUUGGCCACGGUCAUGCUAUAAACGAACUCAAGAUCCAUCCCCGUGAUCCUAAUAUUCUUCUGUCUGCUUCGAAAGAUCAUGCAUUGCGUUUGUGGAACAUUAAAACCGAUGUGUGCAUUGCAAUAUUUGGAGGUGUCGAGGGUCACCGUGAUGAAGUGCUGAGCGCUGACUUUGACAUGAAGGGCAGCCGAAUUAUCUCCUGUGGUAUGGAUCACGCAUUGAAGCUUUGGAGUCUCGACAAGCCUGAUAUGCAAGAAGCCGUCAAGCAAUCCUACCAUUGCAAUCCAACACGAAAUGCUCGUCCCUUCGAUUCCGUGCUUCAGCACUUUCCAGACUUUACAACCCGUGAUGUCCAUCGCAAUUACGUCGAUUGCGUGAAGUGGUUCGGCGACUUUAUCUUAAGCAAAAGUUGUGAAAAUUGCAUUGUAUGCUGGAAACCUGGCCGGCUUGAGGAUUCGCAGCUACGCAACAACGAGACCAGCGCUACCGUCCUACAUCGUUUUGAAUUCAAAGAAUGCGACAUAUGGUUCAUAAGGUUUUCUAUGGACUUUUGGCAAAGAACCAUUGCGUUAGGUAACCAAGUGGGCCGCACUUACGUAUGGGAUCUAGAAGUGGAAGAGCCUGGUCAAGCGAGAUGCUUUUCACUUCAGCAUCCAAGAUGCACCGCCCCAAUUAGACAGACGAGUUUAAGCAGAGACGGCUCGGUAUUACUGUGUGUGUGCGACGAUGCGACAGUUUGGCGAUGGAAUCGUGAACAUUGACUUGUGUUUUGAUCUUCUAGCACUCUAGGUAUAAACCAAUAUAGUAGUCUUUUAUCUUAAAGUUAAUAAAACCACAAGUCUCGAGAGUAUCGGAAAUUUUUUUAUCAUUGAAUAUGUUGCGCAGCAUCAAUUUAAGCGAGUAUAAAACUGAUGUUUUUAUGUUGUGACCAUUCAGUAUAAACUAAGUUUGUAUGACUAUUAAGGCGUAAAUAUUUUAUGUUAAUUAAAUUUAUUUUAA